AUGCGCUGCUUUCUCCUUGCAUUGGCGCUCCCAACGGCCGCAAGCGCCGCCGAGCAUCGGAGUGAGCUGCUGUCAAGGGAGGAGGCCGAAGCCCUUGGCGUCGUAGUGGGAGGCAAUGCCACGGCAAGGUCCUCUCAUGAGGAUCUGCCAGUUCCGGAUGGCGGCUACCCAAGCGACUUUACCUGGUGCAACAAGGACGGCACCAACUACUGCACCAUCUCGCUCAACCAGCACAUCCCACAGUACUGCGGCUCUUGCUGGGCUCAUGGCGCCACGUCCGCCUUGGCUGAUCGCAUCAAGAUCGCCCGGGGAGCAAAGGGCGCAGAUGUCCAGCUGUCUGUUCAGCACAUGCUGAACUGCGGCAAUGUCGGAUCGUGCCACGGCGGCACUGUGGAUGGCCCGUACCAGUGGAUCUACAAGCUGAGCAAGCGAACGGGCAGUGGAAUCUCCUACUUCACCUCCCAGCCAUAUCUGGCCUGCUCCAGCGAGAGCAGUGCUGGCAUCUGCAAGAAUGCGGACACGAGCUGCAAGGCUGAGAACAUCGCCCGCACUUGCAGCACCUUUGGUGAGCCCUGCGUCGGCCUCGACAGUUACCCGAACGCGACGAUUUCGGACUAUGGAUCCAUCAGGGGCAAGGAUGCCAUGAUGAAAGAGAUCUUCAACCGGGGGCCCAUCUCCUGUGGGAUUGACGCCAACCCUCUGCUCAAGUACACCACCGGCGUCAUCAAGGGCUGGUCCCUGAUGCAGGAUCACGUCAUCUCGGUGGUCGGCUGGGGAACCGACCCAGAGGAGGGUUUGUAUUGGAUCGUGCGCAACUCUUGGGGUGAGUACUGGGGCGAGAAUGGCUACGUGCGCGUGAAGAGCGAGGCGCUGGCUCUGGAACGCAGCUGCACGUGGGCUGUGCCGGGCCAGUACACCGCGCCGGAGCAGCACAACGAGAUCCAUUGCUUCGAGGGAGGCGAAAAUUGCCAAAGCAAGGUCCGCGAAGAAGGAGCCCCCGUGGCUGCGCCCGUGCAGCGCAAGUCGGAGCUUUGGAAGCGCGAUGAGGUGGAGCGAAGAGGAUUCCAGUGGCGCGGAAACUCAUCGACGCCCUCGUCCCACGAGCUCCUUUCCGGCCCAUCGGAGGGCUUCCCGGAGACCUUUUCCUGGUGCGACAAGGACGGCAAGAGCUUCUGCACCGUCUCCGUGAAUCAGCACAUCCCGCAGUACUGCGGAUCAUGCUGGGCCCAGGGCAGCAUGUCGGCGCUGGCAGACCGGAUCAAGAUUGCGCGCAAGGCUGAAGGAAUCGACAUCCAGCUCUCCGUGCAGCACUUGAUGAACUGUGGAACUGCUGGCACCUGCCAAGGUGGAGAGCCCAACUCUGCCUACCAGUGGCUGAAGGAGAUCAGCGAGAAGACGGGCAGCGGCAUCAGCUACACCACUGGUCAGCCUUACUUGGCCUGCUCAAAGGAUUUGGAUGCUGGCUUCUGCAAGGGCAUGGACUUCACAUGCAACGCAGAGAAUGUCCAGCGCACGUGCGCCACCUUCGGGAAGCAGUGCGUGGGCCUUGCCAAGUACCCCAAUGCCUCCGUUGCUGAGUAUGGUUCAAUCCAGGGCAAGGACGCCAUGAUGAAGGAGAUCUUCAACCGCGGGCCUAUUGCCUGCAACGUUGACGCCGUGCCCAUCCUCAACUACACCGGGGGCAUCAUCACCACCAAGUCCAAGGAGACAGACCACACCAUCUCCGUUGUGGGCUGGGGCACCGAUGAGAAGCUGGGAUUUUACUGGCAAGUGCGCAAUUCUUGGGGUGAGUACUGGGGUGAGCAGGGCUACUUCCGUGUGCAGAGUGGUGCUUUGGCCAUGGAGCAGGAUAGCUGCACCUGGGCCACGGUCAAGGACUUCACAGCACCGGAGAAGCACAACCAGUUCCACUGCUACGAGGACGGCUCUAACUGUGCCGCUUCGGAGUCUAUCAGAGAGCUCGUUGUGUGA